AUGGGCAGUGAGUUGCCAGGGACAGUGGGGAUGCCGGGAGCAGUUGGUGCUGGCCAGGUGAGGAUGGGAGGAACUGUGCCAGGCCGCGGGGGCAAGAGGAGAUCAGGAGGAAUGGACUUUGAUGAUGAAGACGGAGAGGGUCCUAGCAAAUUUUCAAGAGAGAACCACAGUGAGAUUGAGCGACGCCGACGCAACAAAAUGACCCAGUACAUCACUGAGCUUUCAGACAUGGUCCCCACCUGCAGCGCCCUCGCCCGGAAACCUGAUAAGCUGACCAUCCUGCGUAUGGCUGUGUCCCAUAUGAAAUCCAUGAGGGGCACCGGCAACACGUCCACUGACGGGGCCUAUAAGCCCUCCUUCCUCACUGAGCAGGAACUGAAACAUCUGAUUCUGGAGGCGGCCGACGGCUUCCUAUUUGUGGUUGCUGCGGAAACAGGCCGGGUGAUCUACGUGUCGGACUCGGUGACGCCGGUGCUGAACCAUCCCCAGUCAGAGUGGUUUGGCAGCACUCUGUAUGAACAGGUCCACCCCGACGAUGUGGACAAGCUGAGGGAACAGCUCAGCACCUCAGAAAACUCCAUGACAGGACGGAUUCUGGACCUGAAGACGGGAACAGUGAAGAAGGAGGGACAGCAGUCCUCGAUGAGAAUGUGCAUGGGCUCCCGGCGCUCCUUCAUCUGCCGCAUGAGGUGUGGCAGUGCUCCUCUGGAUCACAUCUCCCUAAACCGUCUGUCUAACAUGAGGAAGAGAUACAGGAAUGGCCUUGGACCCUCAAAAGAAGGAGAAGCUCAGUACUCUGUGGUGCACUGCACUGGCUACAUCAAAGCCUGGCCCCCCGCAGGUAUGACUAUACCAGAAGAAGACACAGAGGCAGGUCAGACUGGAAAAUACUGCCUAGUGGCCAUUGGAAGACUGCAGGUUACCAGCUCUCCGGUUUCCAUGGAUAUGAACGGCCUGUCGGUGCCGACAGAGUUCCUGUCACGUCACAACUCGGAUGGUGUCAUCACUUUUGUCGACCCGCGCUGCAUCAACGUCAUUGGUUAUCAGCCUCAGGACCUGCUGGGAAAAGAUAUUCUGGAGUUCUGCCAUCCUGAGGACCAGAGUCACCUCAGAGAAGGUUUCCAACAGGUGGUGAAGUUGAAGGGUCAGGUUCUGUCAGUGAUGUAUCGUUUCCGGAUGAAGAACAGAGAGUGGAUGUUGAUCCGAACGAGCAGCUUCACCUUCCAAAACCCGUACUCUGACGAGAUAGAGUACAUCAUCUGCACCAACACCAACGUCAAGCAGCUACAGCAGCAGCAGCAGGCAGAGUUGGAGGUUCACCAGAGAGAUGGACUGACUGCCUACGACCUUUCCCAGGUGCCUGUGGCCAGUGUCAGCAGUGGAGUCCAUGAGGCAGGGAAGAACAUCGACAAGACAGAAGCCCUGUUCUCUCAGGAGAGAGACCCGCGCUUUGCUGAGAUGUACACCGGCAUCUCUGGCUCGGGAGACAAGAAGAUGAUGGUUCCCUCCUCUACGGCUGGCGGACAGCAGCUCUACUCCCAGAGCUCUCCUUUCCAGCAGGGACACUCUGGCAAAAGCUUCAGUUCCUCUGUGAUCCACGUCCCUGGUGUGAAUGACAUUCAGCCAUCAGGCUCGUCUAAUCAGAAUCUUGCUCAGAUUUCCAGACAGCUCAACCCAGGCCAGGUGGCAUGGUCAGGCAACCGACCCCCUUUCUCUGGACAGUCCAGUAAAGCCCAGUCCAGUCCAUUUGGUAUUGGUUCUGGCCACAGCUACCAGACGGACCCAGCCUCCUACAGUCCCCUGUCAUCACCAGCCACUUCCUCCCCCAGCGGCAACGCCUACUCAGGACUGACAAACCGCAGCACAGCUUUUGAUGUGUCAGGGGAAAGCAGUCAGAGUGGAGCCCAGUUCCAGGGUCGCCCCAGUGAGGUCUGGUCCCAGUGGCAGAACCAACAUCACUCGCAGCAGGCCGGGGAACAGCACACACACCCCAACCCCAGCCAGACAGAAGUCUUCCAGGACAUGUUACCCAUGGCUGGAGAUCCCACCCAGGGAACAGCCAACUACAACAUUGAGGACUUCGCUGACCUUGGCAUGUUCCCACCCUUCUCUGAGUAAUCCCCCCCUUUCUCUCCAUCACUCUCCCUCUCAGAACUGGACUGAUGUUUGCAUUCAUCUCUCAUGGUCUGUCUCAUUUUUCUACACUACCACUCAGAAGUUUUAGAACACCCGCUUCUUCCAGUUUCUAUUGAAAAUUGAGCAGUUCAGGUCCAGUAAAUAACUUUAAAUGGUACAAAGGUCAGCUGUAAACUGCCAAAGGUAAAAAAAGAAAAAGAAAAACAGUUCAGGUUAUCAAAAACUGAAAGAUGAAGAUCAGCACAGGCUCAGACUUAAACCCAAGCUGCUUUAAAGGAGCUAUUUGUCAGUUUUGCUAUUGCUACAUAGAUGAUGUUAGCAUUAACAGCUGUUUACUUGCCAGUCUUGCCAAGAGCUUCCAUCAUUGCAUUUACAAUGUAAGGUUAGAAUACAUCUGUGGAGCAGCACUACUUUAGGGCAGCCUGGACGUUCCAGUGACUCGGAAAGUGACAAGACGGGCUAAUCGGGUCGGGGCUAGCUGGUUAGCACGCUAACUUCAGCAGAAGAAAAGAUGCUAUAAAGACAAGAGUUAACAUUGGUGUUGGAGACAGCUGUUGGGGAAAAAAGGAAAGAAGUUUGAUGCUGAAUUCACAACGUUUCUUCUAGACUGGUAAAUAAACAGCUGUUAAUGCUAAUGUUAGCUAUGUAGCAAUAGCAGAACUUACAUACAGCUCCUUUAAGAUGAUCUGAACAGAAGGUGAAAGCAAAACAAACCAGUGCGACACAUUUGUGGGAACUUCUGCAGCAGGGUUUUAGUUCCAUUUUAGAAAGGACCUCAUGAGCUUCUGAAUCAGUCAAAAAUUGAAAGAUUUCAUGAUUCUUUUCUUUUAAAAUCUUUAUUAUUUAUAUGUCUGAUGCUUUCAUUUCAGAAACACUGAGACAUCAGGCUGUAAAUUUCAGUAACUGGAUAAAUGGAGGUGUUGUAAACCCGUUGAAUGGUAGUGUAAACUGCUGGAUCACCAACACACGGCUGAUGUGCAGCAUGGUGAAUGUCUGGGUGCACUUGUCAUUCGCACGCAUACAAACACAACAGUCCACAAAUGUUUGGGCUGCAAAGGCCCGCAGUAUGUAUCUGUGAAAAUACACAUACCUCAUCGCUGUGAAGACGAGCGCCACUGUCAGAUGGAGGGAACAUCAGUCAACCUGUAUCAGCUCUGUCUGUCGUCAGUGUCUCAGGCUCUCUGCAGUCAGUCUCAGUGUGACCAGAGGAGGUCAGUCAAGAGGUGAGAGAUGUGUUUGUCAGAGGCUGGUCUGAGUGUUAUCAUUAUCACCUUCAGAUCUGAUAAGUGAAGGCAAGUUUUCACAAAAAAUCUACGUCCACAUGACGUAUUUACAUGCAGAUGAACACAAUUCAUGACUGUUACACAUAGAAGAUGUGUGUGUGUCCGCUGCUGUCUGGAUUUUCAACAUGCAAUAAUUACACCUGAGAAAAAAAACAUUCGCUUAUAAGUCAUUCUGCCUUGAACAACAAAGAGAGAGAUCUGUCAUGUACUAAUACACAGGUUGAUUACAUCAUAAAUGAGCGCUUGUUUCUGGACAACUGAAAUAGUCCGCAGUAAAUCUACCCUAGAUAUAUACUUAUUGACUUGACAUUUCUUAGUGAUGGUGUUGAUGUAGGGCUGACAGUUUUACUGCUCAAUAUCUCCACAUACCACGCUAAUUAAUCAUUACUUCUCUGUUGAGGAAUGUAGGUCUGUACCACUCCAGAAAAAUGUCCCAAAUUUAUGAGAGAAAAUAUAAAACACUGGUUCUGUGCACACGGAACAUUAUUGUUUUUGUUUCUUUUCCCAGUUCCUGUAAAGACGUGCACUGACACCACACAGGUCAAUACAUGGUCACCUUAAAUGGUGCAUACAGCAGUGUGGCAAUAACACACACAGGGUCAUGCAUUAAAUCUGCUGUCAUCAGUCAGUGGGUGUCACUACUCAUUAGGGGAUGUUAUCAGUGCCAAAUGAAGGACAGUUAAACGCCAUCAUGUUCAUUAUGAGUCCAGAAUAAUUAAGUAAUUCAUAAGAAUAAACAGUUUGCAUGUGUAAAUAUUCUCACAAUGGCCGAAAGAAAACAGUGGACACACAGCACAAUGAGUCAGCUGAUGACUGUAUGCAUGUGUCAGACCAGACAGGAUGUCACUUACCUCACAGUCCAGUAUGACCAACAGACUUUCACCUCCUCUGCACGCCUGCAGUGUUUGUAGAGAGCAGCAGUUGACAACACUAUUGAGGCACAUGGCAGUACGUCCCCGCACGCCCCGUUUCCUCAGACAUAGUGAGAUUUAUGUUGAAGACGUUCGCCUCCAUCUGCCUCGUGCAGCCUCUUCACUGACUCUGCCAAACAGCAGCAGGGGAGGGGAAGGUGCUCACCUCCACCUGCUGCUGUCCUCACUCUCUCCAUCAACCUUAUUGUGUAAACUAUAUGUAGUGAUGUCCAGAACUCUAGAGAACAACCUGAUGCCAGUACAGAAGGAUUCUAUGUAUAAAUCAAACUAAAUUAAAAAAGAAAAAAAAAAAACAAAUCAACUCAUCGCAGACAGUUGCUGAACUAAGGCUUAAAGUGCACUUCAUGAAGCUAACUGCUAAUCUCACCAGCCUGCUUUAAAAGGGAAAAACCGCCAUACCGUCGAAGCAAAGCGCAGUAUUUACUAGUGUAUUUGGUGUUCUUCAGCUCUCGCUACUUGACUUAAUUACUUUAUAAUCUUUUCAACUAUUAAGAGAUUGAAUAAUACUUUCUAGUAGGGGAGCUUUUACAUGAUAGAUUGUAUAAUGUCUCUGACAGACGGUUGGGAGAACCUCGAGCAGACAUCGAGUCCUUUUGCUAAAGAUCUCAAAUUGAUGUUUUUUUUUGUAAAUAAUGUGAUUUUUAUGUCGACUCGUGUUACUUUCACACAGUAUAUGUUUUUUGUGUAGGUUUUAAUGAUAUUGUGUGCAAUGUGAGUACAUAUUUAACUAUUGGUAUUUAGUUAGUCUGUUCAUUGUACAUUGAGUUCUAGACAUGUACAAAUUGUGUAAAUGUGACCCAUUAUUUUUGUGUAACAAAUUGUGCUUGUGACAAUAAAUUCUUAUUGGUUA